AGAGCGCUGGUGCAUCUGAGUGCUGCGUGUAACUUCAGCAUGUGUUCAGGAAACGUGAUCUACCGGUGUAACGAGCCGAGGACAGCGCGCACCGAGGCUCCGCUCGCUGCCUCACUACGUGUGCUUAGUGCCCUCGCGUGAAAUAGGUGUAUAUGCUCGACAGACCAGCCUUUUAGUGGAGGUAUGAAAUUACUGUUCCUAGCCUGCCUCAGCCCUCAAACUGGGAACCACACCACAGCUGAGCGGAUCAGGUCCUACAUAGAGUCAGCAGGACACACGUGUGAGCUCAGGGAUGCAGCAGAAUUUCAGUCCCCUGCUGAGGUGGCGAACCUAGUAUCCCAGAAUCCUCCAUUUGAGGCUGCACUGGCCAUUCACCUGUUCAAGGCAGCUAGACUUCUUCUGGGUAAACACAUCCAGGUACCCUUCGGAGUUGUCUUUGGCGGAACCGACAUAAAUGAAGAUGUGAAAGUGAAACAGAAGCGUGUGGUUAUGGAGCAGGUGCUGCUGAAAGCCAGGUUUGCCGUUGCAUUUACUGACAAACUAAAAGAAGAUGCAGAGAUGUCUUUGCUGUCCCAGGGCAGUAAAAUCUAUGUCCAGCCCCAAGGUAUCCAGACGUACGUGACAGACAAAUUCUCCUGGACAGAAUUCUUGAGGAGCUCAGGUGUAAGCACUGAGCAUGCGGAUGAGCUGCGUGUCUUCCUCUUGGUCUGUGGCCUCAGAAGAGUCAAGGACCCCCUCUAUCUGGUGAAGGUAUUUUCAGAGUGGCACUGUGAGAAUCCACUGAAUGUGCUGAUCAUUAUUGGGCCAAAGAUUGAUCCUGUGUUUACUGUCGAAUUGGAAGCUGUUGUUCAAAGAACAGCAGGGGUCUUCCUGGCCCAGGAGAGGAGCCAACAGGAGCUUCACGCUGCCAUGAAAAGGUGCUUCGCCAUGGUCAACAGCUCAAUCUCAGAGGGCAUGUCAGCAGCGAUCUUGGAGGCCAUGGACCUCGGGGUACCUGUGCUGGCCAGGGACAUUCCAGGAAAUUCAGCUGUGGUGCAGCAUGAGUUCACUGGCCUGUUGUACUCGUCUCCUAAGGAAUUUUUGCAUGAAGCUCGGAGGCUCUUGUCAGAUCUCGAGCUGAGAGAGAGAGUGGUGCAGAACGGAAAACUCUACGUGGAAGAGCAUCACAGCUUGAAACAAGAGAGAGAAACCUAUCAGCGGCUGGUGGACAUUCUGCACUAAGAUCACCACAUUCAACUCGACUUUCUCAGGAACAGAAGCAACAGGGACAUACAAUGUAUCUACAGGGCAUUAUUUACAUGUCAUUUUCACACGUGUCUUCUACAAAUUAAUCCGGUUUUAUCUGCACUGCCAAACUGAAAUGAUGCAGCAGAGCACUUUGAACCAAAGAACUACAGUAGAAAUUGGUUGUUUGCCUUGUCAAUAUAUUUUAUGUACUGUAUUAGAAAUUGAUAAUGUACUGUAUUUAUGGUUAAUAAUAAUGUAUGAGAGUCAUCGGAACUACUUAAUAAAAAAGGCAAACAGCUCCACGGGUUGUUGUUAACUGGGUGAUGAUCUGAAAAUGUGUAGUGAGGCACAACAUCUGUUUGUAAUACAAACAGCUUGUAUUGCAAACAGCCUAAAUUCUUGAAAGUGCCAUUAAAUCUUGAUUUAGGAUCAGCAGGAUCAGCUAAUCUACAGUUGCUAAAAAUGCUUCAAAUGUUGCUUUCCCCUGCAGUCUGUUUGCUACCACAUUCAUUUUUAAUAAAGCACAAUGGUUGGCUUGA